AUGUUCAAUCUGGCCAUUCCCCACUCCCUGAACCUGUUUAGCCCACUCUUCGUCUACCAACAUGAUUCAAAUCGCCAUAUCUUUCCCUUUCCUCUCCCAUCACCCUCAUCUACGGCAACUGUUUCUCAAAGUUCCUCCAGACACUCACCUUCUCCUGCUGUGCCUCAGGUCAGGGACCCUCCUGCUCAUUCUAUGGCCAAUAAAGUUAGGGAAUGGCGGUUAGCUAUGGCUGAUGAAUUUAAUUCCCUUAAGCGGGCUGGUACCAGGGUCCUCAUGCCUCUCACAUCUUCUAUGAAUGUUUUGCCCAAUAAGUGGGUUUUCCAUUUAAAACGGAACUCAGAUGAUCGAUUCAACGUUAUAAAGCCCGACUUGUUGGGGACUUUCUCAGCCACAAUUCGCACAUAUACAUGGAGGCACUGGCGGGGCCAGCCUACGGAGGAUGCGGUGGUGCCGCCGCCUCUAGCUCACCACAAAAAGCCAUCGAAAACCACCACCAAAGCCCACAAAAUCUACAAGGAGAUACAAAUAGACCUACACACCCUGUUUCAAGGGACAAAAUCUCACAAGAUUUAA